CACUCCGGACACGCGGGUGGCGCUGCUGCACAAACCCGCCGACCGCUAAUAAACACCAACGAAGAAGAAAAGCACCGGAAGUUGGCGGAAGACGCCGAGGGCGUCGUUUUCAAAGCUCGAUAACCGGCCGUUGUCUCGGCGCUGUGGUCCCCUUCCUGUAAACAACACAACGACAUUUAUGAACCAAACCACACACACACACACGUAUCCGGGGAUGUUGACCUUAUGAAUUCAGCGUAACAGCGAACCGUCCUCCUGCAGUGAGAAACAGGCUUUCUGCUUCCUCCUUAAGAAUAUAAUGGACAUCCUGGAUUUUUCAGAAGAGGAAAUUCAAGAACAACUUUUAGCCCUCGGAUACAAAAACAUACCGAAACAUCGUCUGUGUGAAUUCAAGCAAGACCUGGACGAGCUGGUUCGACGUGGAGAAUGGAAACGCUUUGCCUCGUCGGCUGGGACGAACGGCGCCGCCUCUGGGCCGAGUCCUCCCGCCUACACCAAAGAGAAAGUGGGUCCGUGCUACUUUGAAAACUCUGGUCAAGGCUUUUUCUUACAUGCAGGAAACGUGCAGCAUGAGCGACAGGUGAUCAGCUGUGACUCGUACGCUCGGCACUCGGUGGCUCUGAACCACGGGCCUCCUCACGGGCCGCCCGGCAGGCUGCAGGUGGAGGAGGAGGAGGAGGAGCCGGACCCGGGCGAAAGCCUCCACCCGGCGCUAACGGACAGCUACGCCUCCACCCCCGACUCCCACAGGGGCCGCUACAUCAAGAGGAAAGUCCUCAGGAAACACGAAGGACAAUCACUCGUCUGCGAUGAAUCCGUCUACAGCGAAGAAGCAGCGAGCGUUCUGGAGCAGCGGCUGGCCGGUCUCCACGUGUCCUCCUCGGGUCACAGCUCCGGGACGGACCAGGUCUCCUUCAGCGCCUUGGACUCCUACAUCGGGGGCCUGAUUCGAAGUCGUAGCGACGGUGACCUUCGACCCAAACCCAAAUCCUUCAUCCGGCCAGCGAUGAGUCAGCAGACCUUAAAGAAGACGGACCCGGUGGCCAAGUAUUUCAAGUACAAGCAGCUCUGGGAAACGUUCACGCUCCCAGGAGACGGGGACCGGCGGUCCCUCCGCUCGGAGCUCAGGGAACGACUUGCAUACCAACCUCCAGCACCUAAACCUCGGAGGACCUACGUGCCGAACUCCUACGUGGUGCCGACGGAGAAGAAGCGCUCGGCGCUCCGAUGGGAGCUCAGGAACGACCUCGCCAGCGGACUCCUCCCCCACAGAUUCACAUACCAGCCUUAG